AUGGUUUCCUACGCGUGCUUCCGUCGGGGCGAGAUCCUGGAUCGGCGACGCCGUCUGCUCUAUGCGGAUACGAAGGGCCUGACGGCGCUGCCGGGGGACUCGGCCAACACCUCGUGUUUGCUUCGGCUGCGGCGCGGCGCCGGCCUCAAAAAUCCCUGCCCGCGCGCCUACGUGCCGGCGCGAUGCCGGCGAUGGCUGCGCGCGACCAAGCUGCAGAAUGAAGAGGAGCCAGGCGAGACGGCAGCGGUGGUGAGUGAUGCCCCUCCGCCGUACAGCAGCAUUUCUGCGGAGAACACAGCUUAUUUCGACUACAAGGAUGAGUCAGGAUUUCCUAAGCCUCCAUCUUACAACGUGGCGACAACGCUGCCUAGUUACGAUGAGGCAGAGAGAACCAAGGCUGAAGCCACAAUUCCCUUGGUUCCUGGAAGAGAUGACGACUUUGUGACACGGGAUGACUUUGACGACACCGACCAGCUGAGGAUAGGAAAUGAUGGCAUUUUCAUGCUAACGUUCUUCAUGGCAUUCCUCUUCAACUGGAUUGGAUUUUUCCUGUCUUUCUGUCUGACUACUUCAGCUGCGGGACGGUACGGGGCCAUUUCUGGGUUUGGUCUGUCUCUUAUUAAGUGGAUCCUGAUUGUCAGGUUCUCCACCUAUUUUCCUGGUUACUUUGACGGCCAGUAUUGGCUUUGGUGGGUCUUCCUUGUGCUAGAUGUUUUCUGGCAAGUGUCUUCCUGCGUUAGUGAAUUCUCCCUCAAGAAGCGACAGGACACCUGCAGGAAGUGAAUCACGUCUCUGGAGCAGAAGAAAAAAUAAGCACCUGCUUUAAAAUAAAUAAAUAAAAGUACUGUU